GUAAGUUAUUUGGUGUAAAAGAUUGUGCAAGUUAGAGUAAAUUUACGGUCUUUUUCUUCAAUUAAUUUCCUCGUCCAAUUGUGUUGAGCAUCAGAAAAUCUUUCAUGGUUCCUGUAACUCCUGUCCUCAUUAAAUUCGGCUCAUGCACGCAAUAGCACGUCGGUAAACUGCAGAAUCUCCUAGAAUGUCCAUUUUCGUUCGUUCCAGUACGAGAAAGAUAGAAACAUUGACGUGCAAUCAGUGGCUGAUUCGACGGAGGGGCAAGCAUGAUAACCCGAAAAUUGACAAUCGUACCUCGAAUUCCAAGGAGUCCAAAUUCUCAUCACCAAAUGUUAAAAGCUCCAUCAACGAAUACGCUUUAUCAAAGUUCUCCAAGUAUGUCAGUGGAUUUGCCGACGUGUUGGAGAAAAAAUUUCCUGCUGCGAUGAAAGUGUAUAGGAUUUUUACAGUAGGCACCAAGGAUUUUGUGCAAGAUUUUAAGGAGUACUACAAGAUAAAUCGACGAGUUUCUUACUCAGGCUUGAAAAUAUUACGGAGGAAAGAGUUAGAGCUGUAUUUCACAAUGCCAAGGAAUAUAAUUCAACUGACACCUGUUAUACUGUUUACUCCAGUUCCGUUUUCCAACUACUUAGUUUUUCCUCUAGCGUUAAUGUUUCCGAAGUAUCUCCUCACAUCACACUAUUGGUCCCUGCAGCAGCGAGCCAAGUUUGCAUUAGAAGAUCACAAACAGCGGUUACAGAAUUUCGAACCAGUUUUCAAUUGUUUGCAGGGACGUACAUCUGAACUGGACUGUGAUGAGAGGUUGAAAAAAACAUGGCUCAGUGUGUUAGGGGAUAUUGGAAGUGGACUGCAGCCUCCGGUUCAAGAAUUGAUCCAGUGUUCAAUCCUUUUCUCCAAACCUCCAUAUCAUUUAAAAAAUCUAAAAUCUAGUCAUCUGAAACAUUUGUUAAAAGUGCACAAUAUGCACUCUGGAUGGCGCAAAAGAGCCCGUUUGGCAAGGCGAGCAGAAAUUAUCCAACUUAUGGACGCAGCCAUUAAGAAAGAAGGAGGAGCAGAGAACUUAACUUUUGAUGAACUUAAAUGGGCAUGUUUCUUGCGCGGCUUGAAUCCUGUCAACGUGAAAAAUGAAGAACUGGUUCAGUGGCUCAACCAGUGGGUCCAACUGAGUGAAAAGGUUGAUGAGAAAACUUACAGCCUCCUUCUGCACUAUCCUAUUCUUCUCGCGUACAACCACCCUUCCAACUGGUUCUUGUUAAAAUCGUGAUAACACUCCUUAUUUUCCUGAUAAUUCUCUCGACUACAUCCUUUUUGUAUAGUUUCAUUCCCUCUAUUGAUCUUGAAAAGAUUCGAUAGAGUGCCUUCAACUUCAGAAAAGCUCUAGUCAAGGAACCCAAGGUGAUUUUGUUUUACCAUUGUGGUUAUAAGUUAUCUGAAGCUUUUUUUUCCUUUCCUUGUUUUUUUUUGUGUUCAUGGUCACAUACAAAUCAUGGUUUCCUUUUCUCUCCGUGAAGUCAUUGUGAUAAGCAUUUCUGUUUAACCAAAUGUAACUUCAGCAAAUUGGUGGCUGUUUAAAAAAUUUACCAUUACCUACUUUCUUCUAAAUUUUGUAGCUCUUUUGACAUCCAAUGAGGUUUGUUUGUCAGGGAUCAGUGCCGAUUGGCUGAAAAAUAAAUGGGUCUGUAGUUUUUUUAUUGCAUUUCAUUGCAUUUCGAAAAAUUUCAUUUUUGCUGGUUUUAGACUUAGUUUGUUUUUGUCUAUUAAAUUUUCAAAGGUGGUCCAGAUGAAUAAUAUUUUGACUCUGUUCUCACCAUACAACUGCAUCGAUUUCAUUGGAGCCAAAUAACGAUUGAAAUUUGAUUGUAAAAGCUGCUAAACUCUUUUUAAAAAAAUGUGUGUUUUAAAAGAUUUCUAGAAGACAACAAGCAAGAAAUUAUCCCCUUGAAUAAAGAAGUUAACCACCUUUCAAAAUCUUUUGAAAAGGCUUAAAAUUGAAAAGCUUUUAAAACAGCAUUCAACUUCUGGUUUUUUUUUUUUUUUUUAUAUUUACCUGAGACAAUAGGAAAACAUUAAUAACCCAUUUUAAGAGACUGAAACUUAAAAUCUCCUAACAUCUUGUUACGUGACAAGGGAUAUCCGACAAAAAGGGGAGGCAUGAAAGCCAAAUAAAUGUAAAAGAACAGAAAGAAAACAAGACAGAGAUAAUCAAAAGUAUCAAUUGAGGUAGCUCAAAAUUAGGAUUAAAGUAAUGACUAUCUUAAAUUGACUAUCAAAACUGAGUAUCAUGAGUAUCCUGAACAGUUGCAUCACUAUCGCUGUCAGUGGCUUCCGACACUUCAAUAUCCUCCAAUACAGACUGUGAUUCAAGGGAUUUUCGUUUCGACGGUGAGUUUCCUGCUUCUACUUUAGACGGAGAUUCACUUACUCUUCGCUUGGAUGUUGUACUUGUUCCUGACUUGGACGGGGAUCUACUCGCUACUUUAGACGGAGAUUCACUUGCUCCUCGCUUGGAUGUUGCAUUUGUUCUUCACUUGGACGGGGAUCCACUCGCUCCUUGUUUAGAUGAAGUCCCACUUGUUCCUGGCUUGGAUGGGGAUGCAUUUGCACCUUGUUGAGAUUUUCUUCUUCCUGUUUUAGAUGGUUUAUCUCCUGCUCCUCGCUUUUUUGGGGAAUCUGAGGGCGUUCGCCCUUGCUUAAUGUUUGAUCCAGUUUGAGAAAACCAUCUUUUAAGAGACAUCUUGACAGUUUCAGCAACACUCUGUUUAGGUAGAAGAGAAAAUUUAGUCUGCACGACUUUUGUUACAAUCUUUCUUAGUCGCAAGUUUUCAAAACCUAUUUUGGGGCCACCCUCUUUUCCCUUCCAUACCAUGUUCUUACAGAGAGAUUUGCUGAUAAGGCACUUCAUGACGCUUGUUGCGCAAAUCAAUGCAUUUGUUGUUGAAGCUUUUCCUUUCAAAUAAUUUUGCAAAGUAGUUCCAAGCGUUGGAUCUGCGGUGAGUUGCUUGUCAAAUUCUAACAAAUCCUGAACAGUAAAUAACGGGAUUUGUUCUAAUAUUGAUUGGAGCCCUAAGGUCUUCGUAUUGUUGCUGGUAUUAGUGCAAAUUUUAAAUAUUUAGACUUUUUUUUUUCGUCAGUUUACUUGGAUAUUUCCAUGGAACCCUAAAUUUUAAGAAAAAUCAAGUCCAGGUAUGUUUGAGAAGUUUGAAAAAUUCCUCCGUUUGCGUUCUAUCCAGUUACUAUGCAAGCAAUACUCUAUUAGCAUGUAAUACAAUCUUGAUUACCUCUGUAACUGGACCCAAAAUCGGAGUUAUUCUAACAAGUUCACAAUGUUUACACUCUUACCUGCAAAUUAUCUCCACAAACUUGAACUGAUUUUCGGUUUGAUUCUUUUCGUUUGUAAUACCAUAUGAAUUCGCAUACAGUUGGAAUUCAAACCUUCCAAUCCUAUCACCUAUUUUAAUAUUUUACUCCCUGGUUUCUCCAUUCUUUGAUGUUAAAACCUAAGCUGGACGUGAUGAACUUUAUAUCGCCAUAUUUGUUACCUCAUUUGUUGUUCAGUUCUUUCCUUUUUUACUUUCCUUUUCCACAAAUCUGAGAUUUAGUUUCUAAAAUUUUCUUUAACUGGAAAAACCUAGUUUUUCAAUAAAUUUAUAUUUUGUGAUUCCUAUUAA